UUUUGAAAGGCAUUUUCUUCUUGACGAUUUGACGCAGGGUUCGGAAGUGGUGCCAGAUCUUCUAGUGUUUUUUUUUUUUAUCGUCUAUAGUUUGACAAGCGUAUGUUCAAUUCAGCAUGUCUGCACGAAACCCGGGGACCAAACUCGACUUGGAGUGGGUGUCCAAAGUGAAGGUCAACACUCAGGCUGUCCUGAAACGAGCUCAGCAGAUCCAAGCUCAGAAGAUCCCCAAGAAGCAGUGGCAGGCUGCCUGGCUGCUCAAGGCCAUCACAUGCAUCGACCUGACCACUCUUGCUGGAGACGACACGCCAUCCAACGUACAUCGGCUUUGCCUGAAGGCCACCCAGCCUGUCCGGUACGACCUGCUCCAGGAGAUGGACAUGCAUGACAAAGGAGUGACUACUGCUGCUGUGUGUGUGUACCCGUCUCGAGUGGCGGACGCUGUGAAGUCAUUGAAAGCAGCCAACUCCAGCCUCCCUGUUGCCUCAGUUGCUACUGGUUUCCCGGCAGGCCAGACCCCACUGGAGACCCGUCUGCAGGAAGUCCGCAUGGCUGUCGCUGACGGCGCCACCGAGAUCGACAUUGUCAUCAACAGAACUCUGGCGCUGACGGGACAGUGGGAAGCCAUGUAUGAUGAGAUUCGUCAGUUUCAGGAGGCCUGUGGCGAUGCCCACAUGAAGACCAUCCUUGCUAUCGGAGAACUGGGAACCUUCACCAACGUCUACAAAGCCAGCCUGGUCUCCAUGAUGGCAGGGUCAGACUUCAUUAAGACCUCCACUGGAAAGGAGAGUGUCAACGCCACUUACCCCGUCGCCAUAGUGAUGGUGAGGGCCAUCCGUGACUACUUCCUGUCCACCGGCUACAAGGUGGGGUUCAAGCCAGCAGGUGGCAUCAGAACAGCAAGUGAGUCCCUGGUGUGGCUCAUCCUGAUGAAGGAAGAACUUGGCAACGAGUGGCUGAGCCCUCACCUGUUUCGCCUGGGAGCCAGCAGCCUGCUGGCUGACAUCGAGAGACAGAUUUACCACCACGUGACCGGGAAGUAUGCCGCCUAUCACCAGCUGCCGAUGGCCUGAUGCUACGGAGGAGAUUCCCAUUGGACCAAACCAAACCUCAAGCUCACCACAGGCGCCUUGAACCAAGAGGUUUUACUAUGUAACUGACCAUUUGUUUAAGCCUGCUCCAGUCUCUCUCCUGCUGCAGGUCUUUGUUACACACACCAAACCAGAAUCGCAGAGCAGCAUUUAAAAUGCCCAGGAAGUGAAAUUGUUGUGCUUGACACAUGAUGCAGGCCUUGUUUCCUGUAAGCCAUCACAGACCUCAA